AUGUCCCGGCGAAAACCCUCAGACACAUUCACUCGAUUCACAUCCAACUCGAUCCACGCCUCACAGAAGCCAUCUACCCCCAACUUCUCGCCGCGGCAGCCCCAAGGCCCUACAGCUGCGCCAGCAAGCACCGCUCCCAUAGAGACACCCGCGGAAAAAGUCGCCCGCCUGCGCGCCCAGCUCCGCUCACAACGCGACGGCUCCCAACUCACCCCGACCGAAAGGUUCAUCGCCGGCGGCCGAAGAUGGGCAGAUACAGCCCACCGCUUCACAACCGUCGCCCUGCUCGGCCUGACGGGCAUCUCAGCCGUUGUCGCCGUUUACGGCAUCUUCAGUCUCGUCACACACAGCCGGCGGCAGAAGCGGGCGUUCAUUGAUGCCGAGAUGGAUCGAUUACGGGACGCGCAGCAGGCAUUCUUGAGGGGCGAUGCGAGUGCGGAGCAGUUGCAUUUGCUGGAGCAGGAGCGGGCGGGUGAAGAGAUGGCGGCGAAGUGGAAGGCAGACAAGGAUGCGCAGAAGACGAGGGGUUUGUGGGCGAAGGCGAAGGGUAUGCUGGGUGUGGGUCAGGAGUUUGACGGCGAUCAGAUGGGUACGGAGACACUGGAGGAGGCUGAGCGACGACAAUUUCGGGCGAGCGGUGGGCGGGUUCUGGAAGAGGCAUGGAUUCAGCAGCAACAGCAACAGAUGAAAGAGAACGAGCCACAGCUACGGCGGGUAGCUGUCCGGGAGCAUGAUACUAUUGAGGGCGUAGGCUUUGAUGCGAAGGGUCGACCUGUACCACUGAACAAGAUGGAGCGAUUGCCGAGCAAUAUCAAGGUCGAGCGACGGACUGGAGAUCGACCAGUUGAGCCAAUACACGAAAUUCGAGGCGGGAUGCUGGAUCAGAUGGCCGACAAUGCUGCAUCGGCAGCCGCCUCAAAGACUGGUGGAGGUUGGUACAGCAGCUGGUUCAGUCGGAAGAGUUAA